CUUUCUAACAUCGAGAUGCAAGUUGUGCUGUUGCCUCUUCUCCUUCUGAUGGCGAUGGUGAUGAUGAUGUGGCCACUGCUGGUUAGAGCUACAGCUGAAGAGAGGGAGGAGGUGGGUGUGGAGUUACGACGCAAUCCCCGCGUGGUGGGUGGACACAAGAGUGAUGUGAGGAAUCAACCGCAUAUGGUCAACAUACGACGGCGUGGAAACUUUGAGUGCGGCGGCUCCCUGGUCAGUCCAUACUGCGUCCUGACCGCCGCCCACUGCCUCAACGAUGGCCAGGCCUCGGAUUUUGUGGUUCGCGGUGGAGUCACCUUCUUGAGCGAUAUGCGCAACGCCAGGUAUGUCCGGAAGAUACUCCUCCCAUCCGCCUACAGUCGCAGCACCUUGGACUACGAUGUGGCCAUCCUGCAACUCCAACAGCCGCUCCUCCCAGCCAUCGCCACUCCGAUAUCCUUGGCCGUGCGUGCUCCUCGUCCGGGUUCCUUUGUCCGAGUCUCCGGCUGGGGUUUAACGGACAACAGCUACACGUCUGUGCCCAAUCAGCUGCACAGUGUCCAUGUGCGCGUCAUGUCCCAGCGGGAGUGUCAGGAUCUGUACCGCGGCUACCGGAAUAUAACGGCCAGGAUGUUUUGUGCUUCGGUGCCGGGCUUCAAGGACGCCUGCACCGCUGAUUCCGGUGGUCCAGUGGUGAACUCUCAUGGUUUCCUGGUGGGUGUGGUUUCCUGGGGCCGGGCUCACCGCUGCGCCGCGGAGGACAGCCCCGGUGUGUACUCCGACGUUAGCCAGCUGUCCGACUGGAUAGCGGAGAACAUGCAACGGUAUUGCUAGCUC